AUGGCAAACGAGGGUCAGCCUGAAGCCCUUGCACUUGUGCGGCAUGAGGAGGAUGAAGAGCAGUCUCCCAGCAAGAAAGCAAGACAGGAGCUCCCGAUUACCCAGCUAGACCUUGUUUCAACGAUCCAGGCAGCCGUUGCCUCGUCUGUUGCUACUCAUCUUGCUCCCUUCACUGCAUCACUACAGCUCAUUCAACAGGGACAGUAUGCGGCAAAUCAAAGACUCGCCAGUGUGGAAGUGAAGCAGGAACAGACAACAAGGGAACUCAGUGAGCUAAAUGAUGCCCAUAGCAGACGUAUGGACGAACUCCAGGCCGAAAUUGUUGAGCUCCAAAAGGCCGAUUUCUCCAAACCUACGUGCCCUACAUCGCCUGAGACGUCAAGGGCGUAUCGGGUAGUGCCCCCGGCGGACCAGGAAUCCUUGGAUUUGGUGAUUGGUGGUUGGGUGGAAGGCAAAUCCAGGGAUGCGGUUCUGUCUCUCAUUCAAAAUGCGGUAAGCCAGAGUGGGAUGGGCGAGAGGGUUGUUGAGACUGAGCCGCGGGGCAAGCGUCCAACUAUGUGUAAGCUUGUCCUCUCCUUCCGGGCUGGCCUUUCUAAUUCUGAGAAAAGAAAGGAGCAGCUCGAGAUCAGAGAUGCUAUCAGGGCUUGCCUCCAAGCACCUGUGUGGUGCAAGACGGAUCAACCACUUGACAUCAGGGCGGUGGGCAAGGCCAUUGCCAUGCUCAGUGGCUUCCUCGUUGAGAAGCUCACCAUGAGACGGGAGGAUCUUGAGGUGGGGUCAUGGUCCCAGGCGCGUGCCUUCAUCGGGGAGCACCGGGUUACCAGGAUGUUGUCGGCUUUCGCCCCUAACAGUCACGUUCGCCAGGAUGAGCGAAUGAUUGUACGUGAUGCAAAAGCGGGUGUAUCAGUGGCGGUUGAUCUCGCGGCGCUUGCCACCGCAGCCAAACGGACCCCUCAGGAUGUGGCGGUCCUUGAGGAUGCUGAGGUUGACAACCACGUCAUUGCUUUACAGGAGGUUACUGCUUCGAAAGAAAGCGGUAUUGCAUGUGGGUCUGAAGCCCAGACCCCUGAAUGUGAUAUGGUGGGUGACAUGCUGGUCUUGUCAGGCCUCCCUGAGGGAUGCUUCCGACGCUUGGUUUUCUGCGUUGAGGAUGGGAUCAGCUGGUCGUCGUUUCAGAUUGGGUAUGCGCACAUUUGUAUGCGCUUCCAGGCUACUGGCAGGGAUGUUCUGUUUGUCAAUGUUCACCUCCCUCAUUCUGGUCGCCCCGUCAAUGACUUCUUACUUGCGUGUGAAAGCAUUGUUGCAACAGUCCAACCAAGCUCGGACAAGGGGAUUCCAAUUGUUCUUUUGGGCGAUUUGAACUACGAUCUCUUCCGUGAUGACCCUGCCUCUGACCGGGGAGCUGCAGUUCAUGCAAUGCUCUCUGUACUUGGUCUCACGGUGUGGCCUUCCAACAGAGGGUACACAUGGAGACGGAGAACCAUUGAUUACGUCAUUUGCAAUGAUGCUUUUGGGCGCAUGUCCGCAUGUCACUCCUCGGCGCACCGUCCCUGGGGAGAAUAUGCUGUGCGACCUGAUCUCCGGGAGAUGCUGCGUGUGGAUCACAAUGCCGUGGUCUGUGAUGUUUUGUUGCCUCGCCCUGCUGGCCCUGCUCCUGGACGAAGGCGGCGUCGAGUUGACUGGUCCCGCGUGCCCCGCCGCAUGUGCGUGGUGGAUCCGGAUGCAAUGGCAGCACAGGUGGAUGCACUCCCACAAGCCUUGGAGGGCGCCUCCUCCGGCGUGCCCUGGUUGAACCGCCUUGCAGCCACACUCACGAAACCCCGCAGGGCACUCAGAUAUUUGGACCCGCCUGAGGUGAAGGAACUCUGUCAUGUCCGUUCCCGGACGGUCGAUUUGGAGGUCAGGCGCCGUCUGUCCUUGCAGAUUGUGGAGGCCUGCAAGCUUGCAAAACAAGCGUGGAAACGCCAAUUGUAUCUCAGUGCGGCUUCGGGAAACUGGCAGGCCAGAAGAAGGCUUGCGAAAACCGUUUCUCUCGAGGCUUCCUUAUGGCCCAUGUUGUUGCAGCUGGACGGGGAUCGGUCAAAGCUUGUCGAGGAGGUCAAGACCCAUUUCAUGAACAAGUUCUCCCCUGAGUUGCAUUGCGGUGAUGUUCUUAGAAGGCUUGCACAGUUGCCGGAUGUUGAACCGCCCUUCACUGCCCCGGAAAUCUUGGAGUGUCUGCGUACCAUGAAGAUGAACCAGACCACGGGCAUGUCCAAGGUCAGUGUGGAGCUGCUUAGAGCCCUGACGGCACAUGAAGUCGGACUCGCGAGCUUGCGACGGAUCUUGAAUGAUAUGCUGACUUGGCCGGAGCUGCUCGUGCAGUGUGACCUUCUGGUUGGGUGGGUUAUUCUCCUGCCUAAGAAGCCUCAAGUGAGCAGCGCAGACAUGUUGCGUCCGAUUGUUCUUGGAGAGGUUGUGGUCAAGAGCUUGUGUGGAUCAAAAUCAUUAGUUCAGGAUCACAAAGUCAGUAAACCAGGAUCUAUAACAAUGUAA